AUGCCAGAUACAGACGAAGUUAUUAAGUUGAAAAAACAACGGGCAAGUUUAAAAACGAAAUUCACUCGUUUUCUCACUUUCGUAAAUGAUGAGAAAAAUAAAAACAACAUCACGGAAAUUAAAUUGCGCAUGGAAAAAUUAGAUGACAUUGUAGAAAAAUUUGAAGAUAUCCAAUCGAGCAUAUCGGAAUUGACAAAAGAAUCAGCCGAUGAAUUUGUCGCGUUUGAAAAACAGUAUUUUGAAAAUAUUAGUCGCGUUCAUGAUAUGAUUCAAAAACGUAAAGCGGAAACAUCGGUAGCUGUGACAACCGCGGAGAAUGGAAGUUCUUCAAACUCGUCGAAAAUUAAUAUCCGAUUGCCUAAAGUAGAGUUAAUGACGUUCAAUGGCACAUUUGACAAAUGGUUAGCAUUCCGUGAAACAUUUAAAUCGGUAGUAGAUAAAAAUCCGGAUUAUGACGACGGUUUAAAAUUAAAUUAUUUAAAAUUAUGCUUGAGAGAUGAAGCAUUAGCGGUUAUAAAUGCGUUAGAAAUUACUGAAGCGAACUACAAGGUCGCGUGGGAGCUAUUAGAAAAACGAUACACAAACAAAAGAGUUAUUAUACAAAAUCACGUCACAGAAUUAAUGAAAUUGGAAAAUAUUCCAAAAGAAUCGGCAAGCGACUUGCGGAAGUUACUUGAUACAACUUAUACACAUAUAAGAUCACUUAAAACAUUAGGCGAGCCCGUAGAGCAUUGGAAUACACUAUUAAUAUACAUAAUUACUAGUAAAGUAGAUAAAAACACACAUCGCGAAUGGGAAAAAUCGAUAACAGGUACCGAAAUGCCAACAUGGGAAGCGUUUACAGAAUUUUUAGAACAACGAUGCCAAAUAUUACAAGUCACUUCUAUUAAUUUGAAUAAUUUUAAUGGAAAUAACGUAAAUGGAACUCACAAAUUACAACACUCAAAUAAUAAUCAUAAAAAACAUGCAUUAACUUCAACGAAACGCGCAUUCGCAUGCAUUGUCUGUCAAGAGUCACAUAAAUUAUAUGCUUGUGACGAUUUUAAGAAAUUAGGAAUCAAUGAGAAAUACAAUAAAUUAAAGGCCGCGAAAUUGUGCUUUAAUUGUCUUAAUUCAGGACACCGAAAUAGUGACUGCAAAUGGGCAGGGUGUAAGACAUGCGGUAGUAAACAUAAUACACUCUUACACGUAGACAGAAACGACAAGACUACAGAAUUUCAAAGAAAAGAAUUAAAUUGUGACCAAGAAACCCAAUCAAACAUUAAAGUAUACAGCGCAAUCAUUUCUACGCAAGUAUUAUUAUCAACAGCAUUGAUAAAAAUUCAAGGUAAAACCGGAAAAAUGUUUCAAGCUCGCGUAUUAUUAGACAGUGGAUCCCAAUCGCAUUUUAUUACGAGAAAAUUCGCGGAGUUACUUAAAAUGCCAUUUAAAAGUGUUAACCUUCCGGUAGAAGGAUUAAAUAGAGUUGAGACGCGCAUUAAACAUGCUAUUCAGACUAAUAUCUAUUCGAGAACCACUGAUUAUCGUGAGAAUAUAGAAUUUCUCGUCAUUCCGCGAAUAUGUGAGUAUUUACCGAACCAAGUAAUAAACAAACAAAUAUUAAAUAUUCCACAUAAAAUUCAACUUGCUGAUCCUGAAUUUAAUGAACCCAAUGAGAUUGAUGCACUGUUGGGAGCGGAAAUCUUUUAUGAUCUUUUAUGUACCGGUCAGAUAGAAUUAACAAACAGUAAAGCGAAACUACACAAUACGAAGUUGGGUUGGAUCAUUUCAGGAAAGAUAAUGCAUAAUGAUACAACUGCAAAAUCGGGUAAAUGCAUGAUAGCUUUAAAUUCAUUACACAAAACUAUUUCGAAAUUCUGGGAAAUAGAAGAAAUUGAGAAACAAACAUUUCUUUCCGAAGAAGAAUUUCAAGUCGAGGAACAUUUUAAACAAACAACGAAACGCGAUCCGGUUACCGGAAGAUACAUAGUCAGGUUACCGUUUAAUGAAAAAAUUAAUAAAUUAGGCGAGUCAUAUACAAUGGCCGUAAGACAAUUUUAUUCUUUAGAAAAAAGAUUAGCAAAAGAUCUAGCAUUAAAAGCUCAAUAUAUUGACAGUAUGAAGGAAGCAAUUUCACUUGGGCAUAUGCGCGAAGUCAAUUUAAAAGAAAUUCAAGGAAAACAUUGUUUUCUACCUCAUCACCCGGUAAUUAAAGAGUCGAGUUCCACUACAAAAGUCAGAGUCGUUUACAAUGCAUCCGCGAAAACAAGUACAGGUAUAUCAUUAAAUGAUUGUUUAAAGGUCGGUCCAGUCGUACAACAUACAAGUUUUGACAUUAUACUUCGAUUUCGUACACAUCAAAUCGUUAUGUUAGCAGACAUAGAAAAAAUGUACAAGCAAAUUUUAUUGGAUGCACGAGAUGCACAAUAUCAGUUAAUUUUAUGGCGCGAAACUAGUAGUGAUGAGUUAAAGGCGUUUAUUAUUCCAGUAGUUUUAUUCGGCAUUGCUUCAGCACCUCACUCAGCUACCCGAGUAUUAAAUCAAUGUGCUGAAGAUGAAAAAACGCGAUUUCCACUAGCUAGUGACACCCUUAAGCGUGAUUGUUACGUGGAUGACGUGAUGACUGGUGCGGAUAACCUAGAAGACGCAAUAAAAUUACGCGAAGAAUUAAUAGGAAUAACUAAAGCAGGAGGUUUUAAUUUAAGAAAAUGGGUCUCAAAUAACCCAGAAGUCAUAAAAUCUUCAUCAGAUGACACGCGCGAUAUCAAUUUAUUAACAUGCAAUAACUCUGAAAUGAAAGCAUUAGGCAUUCAAUGGAACAAUGUAAGCGACGAAAUUAAGUAUAAAGUUACCGAAGAGUCAAAUUUAACAGUUACGAAACGAAGUGUGCUGUCAAACAUUGCACGCCUGUACGAUCCAAUAGGAUUAAUUGGGCCAGUAAUAGUGUCCGCAAAAAUAUUAAUGCAACAAUUGUGGCAAUGUAAUGCUGGAUGGGAUGAGACACUGCCUCCGAACAUCUAUACAGCAUGGAAUAAUCUAAGAAAGCAGUUGCCGGAAUUAAAUAAAAUUAAAUUCGAUCGAAAAAUUAUAAUAAAUAACGCAAAAAGAAUUGAAGUCCACGGUUUUAGCGACGCAAGCGAAAAGGCGUACGGGGCAGUUAUAUACGUAAGAUCGAUAGAUAUUAAUAACAAAGUCACGACUAAUCUUUUAUGUUCAAAAAAUCGCAUUGCACCGUUGAAAACUAUAUCACUUCCAAAACUAGAACUAUGCGCGGCAUUACUUCUCUCUCGUCUAAUAGAUACGGUCUUAAAGGCAAUAAAUAAACAAAUAGAUAAAAUAUACUUAUGGUCAGAUUCGACAAUCACAUUGCAAUGGAUUAAUACUCAGCCGUACUUAUUAAAAACUUUCGUCGCAAAUCGGGUGUCAGAAAUUCGGGAAUUAACAAGCACAAUGCAUUGGCGACACGUACCCUCAGAAGAUAAUAUGGCUGAUGUUCUUUCACGCGGUCAGCUACCUGUAAGUUUUGUUGACAAUGAGUUUUGGAAAAUAGGCCCGAAGUGGCUAAGACUUGACGAAAAAUACUGGCCGAGCCAUAAUAUAGAAGCAGUCCCUUUACCUGAGUUAAAACCAUCAAAACACACAUUUACAACCGUCCAAAUGCCUAAUCCCCUCCUGACAAAAUACUCAUCAAUAGACAAAACCAAACGAAUAAUAGCAUAUAUAUUUCGAUUCAAAAACAACACGACAAAGACAAACGAGAAACUAUCCGGAUAUUUAUCUGUAACUGAACUCGAAAAUGCGCUAAUAAAAAUAUUACAAAUGACACAACAGGAACACUUUCAAGAAGAUUUAAAACAAUUAUCAAAAGCAGAACAGGUUAAAAAGAAUAGUAGAUUGGGAGCGCUUGAUCCAUUUAUCGAUGACAAGGGGAUAAUUAGGGUAGGCGGUAGAUUGAAACAUUCAUUAUUAUCUUAUGCAGAAAAACAUCCUAUUGUUUUACCAACACAGAGUCACAUUACACGAUUAAUUAUACAAAAGUAUCACGCCAUGACACUACACGGAGGAACUUUGGCGACUCUGAACGCAGUAAGAUCGAGAUAUUGGCCGAUCAAUGGAAAAACGAUAACUAAGGCAGUCUUACGCAACUGUAUUACCUGUUUUAGAGCUAAACCCACAGAUUACCCGUAUUUUAUGGGUAACCUCCCGCGCAACCGAGUAGUUCAAACACGUCCAUUUUUAAAUACCGGCAUCGACUAUUGUGGUCCCUUUUUUAUUAAAGAAAAAAAACAUAGAAAUCGCGGUAAAAUUAAGGUUUAUAUAUGUAUUUUCGUAUGUUUUGCAACUAAAGCAAUUCACAUUGAACUUGCAUCUGAUCUCAGCACUGAAACCUUUAUAAGUUGCUUGAGAAGAUUCUUUGCACGACGCGGGCGGUCUUUAAAUUUAUAUUCGGACAAUGCCACUAAUUUUACCGGCGCUAAAAACAAUUAG